CAAGCAGUUUUACUUUGAAAGUCUUUUAGGAAACGCUACGCGUGAAGAUUGCCUUGGCAAAAAGUUAACUAUGGGUACGUGGUAGGUCAGGCAUCCAGCGCUUUUGUUUGCUGAGCCAGUAUCUUCGAGAACAGCGGGUUGCACGCCCCCGGCGAUGGCUCCACGAAGGUCGGAUUCGGCGAGGAGAAGCUGCGUGGACGGCGGCGUUCGGGGCCCCGACUUUCGGAGCGCGGGUUCGGCAGGGCGCCGCCACUCCGCCGCCGUGCUGCCGUCCGUACUGACGUUCCUGGUAAUCGUCGCAUCCGGAGGCCUGCUCCUUAUGAUCGAGAAAGGAAUGCUCAACGGCGUGGAGACGCCUCCGCCCCGGGGAAGCAAGAGGUUAGAUGUCGGCCGGCUCACGGGCCAGCCAGAGCGGGUGGCGGAGGACGUGGAGUCGCAGAUCCUCCAGGACAUCCGAAAUCGGACCCUGUCGUCCAUGUGCGGCCAAAAGAACAUGCCGCACAGUGUGUGGUCGCUGACGCCACAACAGAGAAAGACGCUGCUGCAACACGUACUGGUCAACGAUGAGUACCACUUCCUGUACUGCUACGUCCCCAAGGUGGCCUGCUCCAACUGGAAGCGCGUGCUGAAGGUACUGGGCGGCGCAUUGGAGAGUGUGGACGUCAAUAUCAAGAUGGACCACCAGCGCGACCUGACCUUCUUGUCUUCGCUGAAACCGGAAGGCAUCCGCUACCGGCUACGCCACUACUUUAAGUUCAUGUUUGUGCGCGAGCCUAUGGAGCGCUUGCUUUCUGCCUACAGGAACAAGUUUGGCGAGAUCGAGUCGUACCAGCGCAAGUACGGCUUGGAGAUUGUCAAGCGCUACCGCAAGAACCGCGGUGGAAAGAGCUCGCGUGGCGACGACGUCACCUUCGCCGAGUUCGUCCGCUACCUCCUGGAUGAGGACACCGAACGUAUGAACGAGCACUGGAUGCCCAUGUACAACCUGUGCCAGCCCUGCGCGGUCAACUAUGACUUUAUCGGCUCCUACGAACACCUGGAACGAGACGCCGAGUUCGUGCUCCGCAGUGUCGGGGCACCGCCACAUAUUAGCUUCCCGCCAAGACAGUCGUGGUACAAACCCGUCACGGCGGAGACGCUGCACUACUACCUGUGCAGCCUCCCGCAAAAGCUUCUCAGAGAGCUCCUGCCCAAGUACAUUUUAGACUUCUCCCUCUUUGCAUAUCCACUCCCCAACACAACCGCUGAGCACUGUCGACAUUGAAAAGAACCCUGAAUUCUUGUUUAAAAGGCUAACUUGUACAGAGCCGCAGAUGUCUUAAGAAGGGGGAAUACAUUUAUAUUCUGGCCUAAUAUUAGCCUGACAAGCUAGUCUAACUUUCACUAUGUAAAGAUAACAUGGUCAAAUCUGGUUAAAUCAAUAAGAAAUAAAUGUGGUUUCGAUUGGAUAUCCACUCCAGUCCAUCUGUACUGACAAAUCACGGCAUGCGAGGCUGAACUUUGUGUCAAGAAGGGGAGUGAUGGCAAAUCCUUUUUGUACUCCUGCGAAUUUUGGAAUGUGUUGUGCAUUCUCAUCUUUUUACCCCGCAUAUCUGACAAAGAGGCUGCUGUAGGGGACUCGAGGGCACAUUUUUAGCGUCCCGCUGGGCCCUUUUUCAUAUAAUUCAGAUAUUUAUCUGAUACCUCUGCACUGUGAACGUUCAUCUGUACACAUCCAAUCUAUACAUUAUCAAUGUAUGAGCGUGAUGAGCGAGACCAUCCGAAGGGACCCUAUUUAAUUCUGUAAACACAGUGACACGUGCCAAUAUGAAUGACUACACAAAAAUACAUUCAUUAACAAAGAAUCACAAUUGGGCAUCAUGCCCUGAGGUGGGAACGCAGCCUUAGAUUAUUCCAGCAAAAAAGGAAGUUAUCGUUGUUUGUGAACUACAAACCAACGACAACCGACAGCGUGAGUCGCAUUGUGUUUAUGUCACAUCUGUACGUCUGUGAUUGGUUCUUUUGUAAUUAGUCUGCCCCCCCCACCUCUAGCAUCGAUUUAGAAAUCCAGCCCAAACCACAGAAGACCAGACUGACUUGACAUGUAUCUUGUAAAUGGCAAAAGUCAGGCAGGCUUGCCAGGCUAGCCUAAUAUGUGUAUGGAUGGAAAGUUGGAAAAUUGAAACCUGAAUCAGGUGUUGAGGUUCCACGUACAAUAUACUGCACUUUAUUUUUGUAUAUCAAACCACAAAUCAAAUCAUGGCGCGAUUUUCUAUAUUCCACAUGUCAUGUUAGUGACUUAAAACAGAGUUACCUAACAUACAGUGGGGCAAAUAAGUAUUUAGUCAACCACUAAUUGUGCAAGUUCACCCACUUGAAAAUAU